ACUACCCUCAGCUUAAAUUCCGCAAACCUGUGUAUCCACAAUUGUGUAAAUGUUGUGACAGCCACUAAAGGGGCGGAGAUAUUGCACAAAAAAAUCCCGAAAUGACAGCAACGCUGUAGGUUUCAUAUGAUACAAAGACGGUUGUGUAGCGGAUGGUUUAUUUUACGCCUGCUACGUUAGUUUACCGAUAGGCAAACAAGACUGACAAAGCAAGUAGGUUUCUUCUUAAUAUUCACAUUUUCCUCGGUUCUUUCGGACAAGAACCACCAAACAGCAAGCAGUUCUUUUUUGGUUUUCGGAAAGAGUACGGGAGUGGACAAGAGAGGAAGUCCGCCUGCUAUCUACUGUGUGUCCACUAACUAAGUCAUCAUGUCAGCCCCAGGUUACCCAUCCCCUCACCAGGGUCCUGGAAGUUACUCCAUGGCCCCCUACCCUGUUCCUCAGGGGGGGUAUGGUGACCCUAACCAUGCUCCCCCACCGGUUGGCUUCCAAAUGGGCUACAACCACCAACAACCCCACCCAGGCCAGCCUGUGAUGUACCAGCCUGUGACCAUGCCCGAGUACGGUGGCCCUCAGAUGGGACCCAGCCCAGGCUAUGGUGGUCCCAUGCCUGGGCCCGAGUACGGUGGCCCUCAGAUGGGACCCAGCCCAGGCUAUGGUGGUCCCAUGCCUGGGCCCGAGUACGGUGCACCUCAGAUGGGACCCGGCCCAGGCUAUGGUGGUCCCAUGCCUGGGCCCGAAUACGGUGCACCUAACUCAGGCCCUCCUGCAGCCAUCUCCCCAGCCCCUGCAGCAGUUGUUCCUGUUGGAGUUCCACCUGGGCUGGAGUACCUAACACAGAUUGACCAGAUCCUUAUACACCAAAAAGUGGAGUUGCUGGAAGCGUUCAUUGGCUUUGAGACCAACAACCAAUACGAGAUCAAGAACAGCCUGGGUCAGAAGAUCUACAAGGCCAAGGAGAAGAACGACUGCUGCACACGCAACUGCUGUGGCGCCCUGCGUAGCUUCGACAUGAAGAUCAAGGACAACACGGACCGCGAGGUCAUCCGCCUCAUACGACCCUUCCGCUGUGCCUCCUGCUGGUUCCCCUGCUGCCUGCAAGAGCUCGAGGUCCAAGCUCCGCCUGGCACCACCAUAGGCUAUGUGUCCCAGGACUGGAACCCCUGCGUGCCCAAGUUCUCCAUCAAGGGGGCCAACAAGGAGACCGUAAUGAAGCUGGAGGGACCCUGCAUCGCCUGCAACUGCUGCGGGGACGUCAACUUCGAGCUGACGGGGAAAGAUGGAGGCAAGCCCAUCGGCCGCAUCAGUAAGCAAUGGAGUGGCCUGUUAAAGGAGGUCUUCACCGACACGGACAACUUUGGCAUCCAGUUCCCCCUGGACCUGGACGUCAAGAUGAAGGCUGUGCUCAUGGGCACCUGCUUCCUCAUUGAUUUCAUAUUCUUCGAGAAGGUUGGCAACUCAAAGCAGCGCAACACUGUCUUCUCGUAACAUAGGAAAUGGGAGAGAAAGAAGCACUUGAGUCAAUGCAGUCUGUUUUUCCGAUCCCGUUCGGAACCUACAUCUUUUUCAGAAUCCAUAUGAAACUCCUUCCUUAUUCGAAAGUUUAGAGGAAGCUGCCAUCCCAUGCCAAUCCCAGAACUCUUUUUUUGUAUUUAUUUAAUAAAAGAUUUAGGGGGUAGAUCAGCUUUAAUAUUGCAGAUAGAUUGUAACUUCCAUCAAUGUAAUUGUCUGCAUCACUUCCAAUCCCCCAUAUGUUUUUUUCUUGAGGCCUUAUCUGAUGAUAUGCUUACCUUUGAACCAAAAUGCCCUCUCUGGACUGUUUCUGUGUAUCCAUCCAAAUGUAAGAAUCAGCAACUGGGCUAUCACACAUAGGCAUUAGUUCUAUUUCAUGGGUUUCUCCACUUUCUGCAUGGAAUGUUUUUAUCUACUGUAUGUUUUCUCAUAUCUAUCAGUUUCAUCAUAUCUAUGUUUUCUCUUUGUUUUCUAUCAAAUUGAUGUGGGGUUCAGAACAGUAGGCUUAAUGGAAAAAUACCAUUUUUAUAUUAACCUAACUUUACAUAUUCUUUGGGAUUUCUGUUUUGUCUUUGUGAUAUAUAUUUAGCAUCAACAUGUUAUUUAUAAGCCAAAUGUAUAUGUUUAUAUAUGUUAAACUAUCUAAACUGCAUCAGCCAUCAAAUUAUUACUGUAGAGAUCUAGGUAAUUUCAUGAUUAGUCUAGUACUUUUAAAGAGAUUAUAGGAUUAACAUGUGCAAUACACUACUAUAGUAACUAUAGCAGCUGUGGUCAUAUUAGCCACUUUUAUUAGAUUUUGUAAGAUGACCAUGUACAUAAACAUACAAACAAAGUAUAUCUGUAAUAUGAGCUAAGGUGAAAACUAGAGUAGUUUGAAGGACCAUUAAUGGGAGAAGACUAAUUCUGACUUGGAAUGCUUGUACAAAAUUUACAGGAAAAUGAAAUAGGAUAGUUGUAGAUGGAUACGUUCAUGUACUCUAAAGUGCUUUUUUU